CUCCCGCGCCCUCUCGGCAGCCCGCGCCGGGCACAGCCGGACGCUCCUCGGCUCUCGCUGCCGGGCCAUGGGCCUCUGGCCCGUCCCGAUCCCCCGCGAGCCCGACCGGUCUGCGGCGUGACGGGCGGCCCAGAUGGUCACUAUGGGCCGGUGCUACUACAACCAGACCAUUGGCUUCUUCUACAACAACAGUGGCAAAGAGCUUAGCUCUCACUGGCGGCCCAAGGAUGUGACUGUGGUGGCCCUGGGGCUGACUGUCAGUGUGCUGGUGUUGCUGACCAACCUGCUGGUCAUAGCAGCCAUCGCCUCCAACCGCCGCUUCCACCAGCCCAUUUACUACCUGCUGGGCAACCUGGCUGCCGCCGACCUCUUCGCCGGUGUGGCCUACCUCUUCCUCAUGUUCCACACCGGUCCGCGCACCGCCCGGCUCUCACUUGAGGGCUGGUUUGUGCGGCAGGGCCUGCUGGACACAAGCCUGACGGCGUCCGUGGCCACACUGCUGGCCAUCGCCGUAGAGCGGCACCGCAGCGUGAUGGCCGUGCAGCUGCACAGCCGCCUGCCCCGUGGCCGUGUGGUCAUGCUCAUCGUGGGCGUGUGGGUGGCUGCGCUGGGCCUGGGGCUGCUGCCUGCCCACUCCUGGCACUGCCUCUGUGCCCUGGACCACUGUUCACGCAUGGCCCCCCUGCUCAGCCGCUCCUACCUGGCCGUCUGGGCACUGUCCAGCUUGCUUGUCUUCCUGCUCAUGGUGGCCGUCUACACCCGCAUUUUCUUCUAUGUGCGGCGGCGAGUGCAGCGCAUGGCAGAGCACGUCAGCUGCCACCCUCGCUACCGAGAGACUACGCUCAGCCUGGUCAAGACCGUUGUCAUCAUCCUAGGGGCAUUUGUGGUCUGCUGGACACCAGCCCAGGUGGUACUGCUCCUGGAUGGUCUGGACUGCAAAUCCUGCAACGUCCUGGCCGUAGAGAAGUAUUUCCUACUCUUGGCCGAGGCCAAUUCUCUGGUCAAUGCUGUAGUGUACUCAUGCCGAGAUGCUGAGAUGCGCCGCACCUUCCGCCGCCUCCUCUGCUGCGUGUGCCUCCGCCGGUCCACCCACACGUCUGCCCGCUCUGCAUCCUCUGCCCAGGCAAGUGCCAGUACUCGCAUCAUGCUUCCUGAAAAUGGCCACUCCCUGAUGGACUCCACUCUUUAGCUACCUUGGACUUCAGUGGGAUGCAGCAAGCACCACGUCUGCAGCCGCUGAUGCGGCGCCUGGCUCAACCCAACCAGUGGGACGGACUUAAAGGCAGACCCCUGGUCUGGCCUUGGCACAGCACCACUGCCAGCCCUCCCCAGGCACACAGCUAUGCCUACCCAGGGCACAGGAGUUUGGGGUCAUCUCCAAGUGCUAGGGAAGUCAGGUGGGGUGCAGGAAUCUGGCUGUCCAGUCAUCUCAGGUUUGGGGUUUUAUUAAUGGACAUUUUUUCUAUUUUUACUUUAUAUCCCUGGUAAGCCCUGUGGACUGAACGGUUCCUCCUGUAUGAUGCCAUGAGUGUUAAGGGUGGGAGAGACGAGGGCUGUCUCCGGCCAUCACGCCCAGCGUGACAGGUUAACAAGGAUGGACUGUGGACACACCAUCUUUCUGAAGGUGAUUCUUAAGCAGCACAAACUGAGGGGUGCUGAGCUGGGAAAGGUUUGUGGCCCCUGGCAUCCUCCACGGGCUGGCCUGUCCCUGUCAGAAUUGAGGGGUCCACAGGGAGGGCAUGAUAUGAGGAGUAAACCUUUUCACUCUGAGGUCUC